AUGAACGAUCGCGGAUCUUACUUUUAUCGAUGCUACUCGCACAUCAGCGCUGGCGGCCUCAUUUCUGGCAAAGGUCCAGGGCAAGCACGUCCAUUAGGCGACGACCUUCUCCCUGAGUUCAUCAAUCAUUUGGUUCUUCACACAACGAAGCCGACUGCCCUUGUCUCUGUCAGCAGCCGCAUGAUUGAUACCCUCAGGCGCGCCUUCAACAAAUGUUACAAGGACGGAGAAGACGCGAGCCAGAUCUGGAUCGCGUUCUUCUACGUGCCGUAUGCAGACGAGUAUGCCUAUCAUCACGCGGAGGAUUUAGCCGAGAAAUUUAAGAUGAAGAACUCCAGGCGACUGCGAUACGAGUAUAUUUUCGAAUGGGAGAUACCAAAGAAAUACUUCAUUCAUGAACUCUCUGUGGAGACGCUCAUGAAGCGCGGAUUCAACAUGAGCGAAUUCCUCGUCGAUGACGAUUUUGGCGGUGUUGUACUCCCUUUCAUAUCAGGAUCUACGAAAGAGAGAAGUGUCGCAUCUCCAGGAACCUCCAUACCAGGAUUGAAAAUCGACUUCGCAAAAGCAAUCUUCAAAUCAUCGGACAACGCACACGAAGUCGGUAUAUACCUAGGACUUCUUGCGCGGUCUUUUGGAGCUCGUUCACCACUGCACCAGAUCAUUCUGCAGCUUCAACUCGAUUGCUUUCGCAUAAAUCCUGUCAACCCCGAUGAUCAAUUAUUCAGGUUCUCAUACGAUGAUGAUUUUCCUGCCAUCGAAAACGGUGUUGACGAGGUCUUAAUCGAUUGGUGGCUGACAGAUCCCGAUUUCUGCGUCGAAUACGAAGAUCAUCUGGCUUGGGCCGAGCAGAUAAGGGAAGGUGUCGAGACUGAAGGGGAGCUGUACAAGACAGAGAUGCAGAUCGAGGAAGCUGCUAUCGAGCUAGGGUUGUGA